GGGGGAGGGGGCAGCAUGGCCUGUCCGUCCGGCCCCCUUCGCCGCGCUCCUCAUCUGCCCCGCGCCCCGCGCCCCGCCGCCGCCGCCGCCGCCGCCGCUCCGCCGCCCGCGCCGCCCGCGGCUCCCGAUGGAGACCGACGCGCCCCAGCCCGGCCUCGCCUCGCCGGACUCGCCGCACGACCCCUGCAAGAUGUUCGUCGGGGGACUCAGCUGGCAGACCACGCAGGAGGGGCUGCGCGAGUACUUCGGCCAGUUCGGGGAGGUGAAGGAGUGCCUGGUGAUGCGGGACCCCCUGACCAAGCGAUCCAGGGGCUUCGGCUUCGUCACUUUCCUGGACCAGGCGGGGGUGGACAAAGUGCUGGCGCAGUCGCGGCACGAGCUCGACUCCAAAACAAUUGAUCCCAAGGUGGCCUUUCCUCGGCGAGCACAGCCUAAGAUGGUGACUCGGACGAAGAAGAUCUUCGUGGGGGGGCUGUCGGUGAACACCACGGUGGACGAUGUGAAGCAGUAUUUUGAGCAGUUCGGAAAGGUGGACGACGCCAUGCUGAUGUUCGACAAAACCACCAACCGGCACCGAGGGUUUGGGUUUGUCACGUUUGAGAGUGAGGACAUCGUGGAGAAAGUGUGUGAAAUCCACUUCCACGAGAUCAACAACAAAAUGGUGGAAUGUAAGAAAGCACAGCCUAAAGAGGUGAUGUCUCCGACGGGCUCUGCCCGGGGCCGGUCACGAGUCAUGCCGUACGGAAUGGACGCCUUCAUGCUGGGCAUCGGCAUGCUGGGUUACCCUGGUUUCCAAGCCACAACCUAUGCCAGCCGGAGUUACACGGGUCUUGCUCCUGGCUACACCUACCAGUUCCCCGAAUUCCGUGUAGAGCGGACCCCUCUCCCGAGCGCCCCCGUCCUCCCCGAGCUUACAGCCAUUCCUCUCACUGCCUAUGGACCCAUGGCGGCAGCGGCGGCCGCGGCGGCCGUAGUUCGGGGGACAGGCUCUCACCCCUGGACGAUGGCUCCCCCUCCAGGUUCGACUCCCAGCCGCACAGGGGGGUUUCUGGGCACCACCAGCCCCGGCCCCAUGGCUGAGCUCUAUGGGGCCGCCAACCAGGACUCGGGGCUCAGCAGUUACAUCAGCGCUGCCAGCCCCGCCCCCAGCACUGGCUUCGGCCACAGCCUUGGGGGCCCCUUGAUUGCCACAGCUUUCACCAAUGGCUACCACUGAAGGAGGCACGACGGAGG